GCUGGGAGAGGACCCGGAUGUUGCAGGUUGACUUCGAAAACAUGACAUCAUCGCUGAAGACUCAGGGAACCACUCAGCAUGGAGAAAACGUUACUGCAUUGUCACUCAAGAUGCACAUCUCUGGUGGGACGCAAACCAGAGGCCAAGCUGAAAGGUCAGGUGGUGUGGGUGACAGGAGCCUCCAGUGGAAUUGGGGAAGAGUUGGCCUACCAGCUGGCACGAUGCGGCUCACGCCUCGUCCUGUCUGCACGCCGUGAGGGUGAGCUGAAGAGGGUGAAACGUCAAUGCUUGGAGUGUUCCAGUCUCAAAGAUGAGGAUAUUCUCAUUCUUCCGUUGGAUUUAUUGGAAAGGACUACCCAUGAAGCAAAAACCAAAGCUGUAAUUAAACACUUUGGACGGAUUGACAUCUUGAUAAACAACGGAGGCCGAAGCCAGCGCUCUUUGUUCUUGGACGCUGACGUGGAAGUGUACCAGGCCUUGAUGGACGUCAACUUCCUGGGUACCCUUUCCCUCACCAAGCAUGUGCUUUCUCACAUGACUCGGCGCGGCAUCGGCGCCAUCGUCACCAUCAGCAGCUUGUUGGGCCUGGCGGGGGGACCCUUAGCCACAGGAUACGCUGCGAGCAAGCACGCUCUGCAGGGCUUUUUCAAAUCCCUUCAAGCGGAGCUGUACGACUACCCCAACAUAUUCAUCAGCACAGUGUGUCCAGGGCCUGUGCAAUCAUUUAUAGUACACAACGCUAUCAGAGAAAACCUGCACAAGCCCGUGACUUCAGCUGGUGACCAGAUGCACAAGAUGCCCACAAGUCGCUGUGUUUCUUUAAUACUAGCGGGAAUGGCCAAUGGCGUCAAGGAAAUGUGGAUUGCACAGCAGCCCUUUUUGACAUAUUACUACAUUUGGCAGUACACCCCCACAUUGGCAUGGUUUAUAACAAAGAUCCUGGCCAAGAAAAGAGUGCAGAAUUUUAAAGCUGGAGGGGAUGCAGACUCUGCCUAUUUCAGCAAGCCCAAGAACUCCUAAAAUGUUGCUUUCUGAUGAAAUGUAAACCGAGACAUCUUCAUACAAUCUAUUUUAUUCUAAGUAUAUACAGGUAGACAUAUAUAAAAAUGAACCAUAUGUACAAGGCUAUGGUCACAUUUGUUGAAGUAUUAUUUUAAAAGUUGUAAACAAGUGAAGUGUAAACAAAACAAUAGCACUAAACGCUUACAACGAUACAUACCCAAGGCACAUCCUUGAUAUCGCAACAAAAUAAAUGGAUUUUGUGUCCCUUUUUAGCAGGCGGGGAGGGGCAAAAUAAAAAAACGGUAAUUUAAAAACAGCAAAGCUGAAUCUGACCUCAAAUGACAGGUAGGCAUGUUUAUAAAAAUAAAAAAUAAAAAUAAACACCCAAUGUGCUUCUGUUGAAUGUAUCCCCCAAUUAGCUACGCUAUGAGUGUUCAUGUUUCCUCUAAAAUGGGAAUCUUGUAGUUUGAUUGUAUUUUUGCUUCUUCCUUUGUUGUACUGUAACUGAAGCACCAUAACUGAAUCCUAUUAUUAACAACAACUAGGGGUGUAACGAUUCAUCCACUAUUGGUAUCGAUUUAUAUUACCUAUGAUCAGUGUUCCGCAAGUUGCCAUUCCGGACGACAUAUCGAUCUAACAUAGUUUAAAAGGUAAUCAAAUACAUAGAAACUAGGAAAUAAAGCACUGGAUUUAAACAUGGCAGAGUUCAUUCGAAUGUGUGUGUAUUUUUUUAAGCACUUUUAAUGAUAAAGACGUCAAAACUUUACUUAUGUAACAGUUUGAUUUGGCGUAAGUUGAUAUGAAUCGUGAUCGGAAUCGAAUCGUUACACCCCUAAAAACAACAAAUGUUCCAAUAUUCUACCAAAAAGAUCCCUUUGGUCUUAAAGGAAAACUUGCCUUUUUUUUUUUUAUUUUGCCCAUCAU